CACUUUUACCAAAACCUCAGUCUCCUCCUCCACCCAUGGCCUUGAUCUCUCUUUUCGCCAUAGCCAUCAUCAUUAUCUUCCUCUCUUACAAGCUCUAUCAAUGGCUAAGAUUUAAGCUUCCACCAGGCCCACUACCGUGGCCAAUCGUCGGCAACCUUUACCAUAUCAAGCCGGUUAGAUUCCGGUGUUUCGCGGAGUGGGCAGAGGUUUAUGGACCAAUCUUAUCGGUUUGGAUUGGUUCAAACUUAAAUGUGGUAGUCUCAAAUUCAGAAUUGGCUAAGGAGGUGCUCAAGGAGAAAGAUCAACAGUUAGCAGAUAGGCACAGGACUAGAUCUUCUGCAAAGUUUAGUAGAGAUGGACAGGAUUUGAUAUGGGCUGAUUAUGGGUCUCACUAUGUUAAAGUCAGGAAGGUCUGCACUCUUGAGCUAUUCACUCCUAAGAAGCUUGAAGGUCUUAGACCCAUUAGAGAAGAUGAAGUCACAGACCUUGUUGAAUCCAUCUUCAAAGACUGUACCACUCCUGGUAACCUUGGGAAGAGUUUGGUUGUUAAGAAAUACUUAGGUACGGUAGCAUUUAACAAUAUAACGAGGCUUGCUUUAGGAAAGUGUUUUGUGAAUUCGGAAGGCAUUAUGGAUAAGCAAGGUUUGGAGUUGAAGGAAAUAUUGUCUAGUGGAGUAAAGAUAGGAGGCUCACUUGCCAUUGCAGAACACAUCCCAUGGCUAACAUGGCUUUGCCCUCAAGAUGAAGAGGCAUUUGCUAAGCGUGAAGCUCGAAGAGAUCGACUUACUCAAGCCAUCAUGGAAGAGCACACGGCUGCCCGCAACAAAAGUGGCGACACAAAGCAACAUUUUGUUGAUGCACUUCUCACUCUUCAGGACAAAUACGACCUCAGCGAGGACACCAUCAUCGGUCUUCUAUGGGAUAUGAUUACUGCAGGCACGGACACCACUGCAAUCUCAGUUGAAUGGGCCUUGGCAGAACUAAUCAAGAACCCAAGGGUCCAAGAGAAGGCCCAAGAGGAGCUUGAUCGGGUUAUCGGAAUGGAGCGGGUGAUGACAGAAUCCGACUUCUCCAGCCUCCCUUACCUCCAAUGUGUGGUCAAGGAGGCUCUAAGGUUGCAUCCUCCAACUCCAUUAAUGCUUCCCCACAAAGCCAAUGCCCAUGUCAAGAUAGGUGGCUACGAUAUCCCCAAAGGAACUAUCAUCCAUGUUAAUGUGUGGGCCGUUGCUCGAGACCCGACCGUAUGGAAGGAUCCAUUGAAGUUCUGGCCGGAGCGAUUCCUUGAGGAGGAUGUUGACAUGAAGGGUCAUGAUUUCCGGCUACUACCAUUUGGAGCGGGUCGACGGGUCUGUCCUGGAGCACAAUUGGGCAUAAAUCUAGUAACAUCUAUGUUGGGUCACUUAUUGCACCAUUUCCAUUGGGCUCCUCCCAAUGGGGUUAACCCAGAGGAUAUCGACAUGUCGGAGAACCCGGGUUUGGUUUCUUACAUGAGGACCCCCUUACAAGUUGUCCCUGUGCCCAGGUUGCCAGCACACCUGUACAAACAUGUGGCUGUCGAUAAUGGAAUCUGGUAACUUUGGCUCUAAACUUUCGACCUAAGAUUUCAAUUCUUCCAUGUUUCACAAGUCGAAUCAAUAGAUCAUCUUGUUUUUUUCGAACUAAUAAAUCUUUAUUAGGCUUAUGAAUCUUCUUGUAAUAAUUUUGAGCUCUUCUUCAAAAAGAAUAUAACAAUGUGUUUUAGAGUGUGAGAGGAAGAGCACAAAAGUAAUUAGAUUGUGAAAGUGAUAAUGUUUUAGAUAUUUUUUAAGUAAGCUUCCUCG